CCGUGCACGCGCCUGUGCCCAUGCCAGGUACGUGUGUGCGUGUGCAGGACGUGUGUGUGUACGUGUAAGGAGAGUGAGUGGGAGAAAAUGAAAGUGAGUGACCCCCUGCCAUGCCUGCAUCAGAGAGCGGGAUGCCAGCAACAAGAUGCUUCUGGUAGCCUCGUGUUUUCCUUCGGCGGCUCGCUGGCUUGGAGGGUCACCUUCGUCCUUGGGGAAGCCACGUCGGCCUUGGAGCAUGUAUCACGGAGUAGGUCCUUGGAGAGGAAGAGAUUCGUAGGUCGAGGAGAGGAGUUUUUAUCCGCCCGUUGAGGACUCCCCGGCGCUACUCAAGUCCCCCUGUGCCUAAGGACGUAAUUUGAUCAUCUCAGUAUCUAGAUAGUGGACCUUAGUCAUGCAGAAAGUUCCUGAGAUGCAGCAGGAGCUGGAGGAAGCAGUCAAGGAGUUCCACAGGCUUCAAGGGAUGAGGCAACAAUACCUGCAGAAAUGUAACACUGAAAUCAUUAGUGUUUUGAAGCAUUUCUUAAAUGAGAAGUUCAGAAUUGAAUUGCAAGAACACUUAGAAGGCAGAAAUGAAAGUCUCGAAGAUAAUGUCAAGUUUAUAGAUAACACCAUAAAUUCUGCGUGUGAUAUCCACGAAGACAUUAUCAGUCUUAGACAGCAAGUUAUUGAUAUAUUCAAUGAAGGAGUCUCACCAGAAGUAGCUGCAGACAACUCAGAUGCUUUGGUUGCAGACCGAGGCAUGGCUGACUUCCAAAAGUUAUCAUGCGAAACAAAGGAUCAGGUGAUGUUGAUCAAUAACCAACAAGAAUUAUAUGAAAUGAUCAUGAGUGAGACUGAAGAAGUAGUUCUCAAGAAGGUGAACCAAAUAUUAUGUAAGAUGGAUACAAGUCUGCAAGAAACACACAGAGAAGAGAAGGAGAAUCUAGAUGCCCUUGUGACUGAAAUUACAACAGAGAUAGAAAAAAAUGUUCGUUUGCAGGGUACAUUGGAGAUCAUACAGAGUCAAAUGGAUUCACUGUCAGAGCGCCUGCAAGCACCUAUCUAGUUAAAGUGGGGUUUCCUCUAUUCAGCAGGAGAGAGAUGUAUUGUUUGACAAGGAUUUGUGUGGUUUGUUUUUGAAGUUGUAUUUACAAAUGGAAAAUUCUUUUGCUAUAUGCUUUCAUCUUUCCAAAUGGUUGCCCAAAACUUUUUCUGUGCAAUCUUUAAUUUUUGUCAUACAGUGAACGCAGAACAGUAUUUCUUUUAUGAAAUUAUUUCGGUUGGCUCGGUAAAUAUACAUUACAUUAAUCUCAUAUGUUUAAUGGUAUUGUAUUCUGUAGUUAUUUUUGUAUUCUGAUCAUAGAAGGAUUAGAAUGGUGGCUUUAUUAUAUUGAAUAUGGCUUAAGUCGUCUUUUUCUUUUGAUUGCUUUCUCAUUCAAAAUACUUAAAAUACUUUAAAAAUUAUUUUGAUUGCUGUUGCAUCUAAAAUUAGUUCAUGCUGAAGUAGAAAAGUCUUGAAAAUCAACUAAAACAUCUUGUAGAAGAAUCUGAAGUAUUAAUAUGCUAAAUGAUUGUGUCAUGAUUGACUCAUAAGUAAAUGAAAGGUAAAAUAUUUUAAAGCGAUGAUUAUAGAAAAAGAUAAAUACUCUAUUAAAAAAAUAUAAAAGAAUUUUUUUGAAAGGAGUGACUUUUCCUUUUUCCUGAUUUACUUCAUAUAAAGUUCUCAAAUGAUUCACAUGUUUUGCACGUAUGCAUAUAUAUUUUCCUUCUGAGUCGCUGCCAUGCUG